ACUUGACGAUGGUUUGACAGGAAACUGAGGCUGUGACGCACAUCAUCUGACGGAUUGGGGUUGAGUUAUAUUAUAGCUGAGCAGAGUUUAUUUCAAUAGUGAUUCGAACAGUUUUCACACGGUUUGGCAGAGAACACGGCAAAAAGCGAGACAUGAGAAACUACACAGAGCUCCUUUUGAAAUCCAACGGGAGGAUUUUGCUGGCUUUGGGUGUGAUCCUCUUUCUGGGAUACACAGUACAAGCUGCCCCAACCAAAGGGAGAUAUAUGUGGGUACGAUGCAAACCGAACGCCAAAAACGCUAACUGUGUGGAAGAAAGCGGUCCUUGGAUUGAUCUUCCAAAAUCCGGAGCUGAAGUCCCUUCACCCAACGUUGAUCAUGACCUUAUGAACAAAAAGCCAGUCGAAGAUGAGGCAGUGAUGACUUUUGAAGAGUCUGGCGAUGAUUCUGGGGAAUUCCAGGACAUUACAAUCGAACUGGGCUCUGGAAGUCAGUGGAAUGAGGAUCUCCUGAUAGCCGGCAGAACUGCAGGUCCUGAAGAAGGAAGUGCUGACUACACAGAGGACUUCCUGGCCAAGCCAGAAGGGGCCGAUGUUGAUUAUUCCCAAUUUGUCUUUCCUGGUCGAGUUCCAGUCCAGCAAAGCAACCCUCGGGAUCUAAAGCUUCAUGAAGAGGGGUUUAUCCUGUAAAAUAAUCUUCAGGAUGCAAUGAAAGGUGUCUGCCAGUUAUGCUGUGUGUUUUUUUGUUUUUUUUUCCAACAAGCUUUUCUAUUAAAACACAUUGGUUUGGUUUUUUGUUUUAGUGUCUGUCUCCGCUCCCCCCCCCCCCCCCCCCAAUUCCACUGAAACACUUUCCUUCUUAUCUACAGUGUUAAACAUGAAUGAGUAUGUUUUAAUGAAUAAUAAGCACAGAAUCACAAUUGCACCAGGCUGUAUACUGUGAAAAUGAGAAACAAAACUAUUGUUGAUCAUGUUUUAAAAGUGCCUAAACGACUAUGCAAAUAGAGCUUGUACAGUGAAUUGUGGUGUUAUAUACAAAUAAUUAUUUUGUUUUCUAAUUUCCACAUAUGCGUGCUUUCCCAGUAUGCUCUAUGGUCAUGACCCCACAAGACGUAGUUCGUAUAUACUUCAACAUUUAAGUGUUAUCAUUUAGAUGCAUUGUAUUAAGGUUUGCUGUGUAAUAAACUGUCCAUGUCACAAAACUGAUAGACAGUUGGACACAAUUCAAAGUCUGCUUAUGAGAAGCCCAGCCCAUAAUGAUAGUCUUCUUAUGAUGUUAGCCAUUCAGGGCAGGGGAGAAUAGGAUUGUCAAAAGGUGUGUUUACACUUACAACUCAGACUUGAGCAGGCUUAGAGUCGAUCAGAUUAAAAGAUUCUUCUCAAUUGAGCCACUCCAUUUACACGAGAGCACAGACCUAAACUGGCUUUGGCCUGCAUGCAUAGCCCCAACCCUAACUUCAUAUCGAGCACCCAUUGCAUGAAGACAUUUCUCCUCCCUAAAGGUCCAAGGGUAGGCUAGGAUUUAGGGUUUGUUUUCUGAGUGAUCUAUCAUGUUGAACCCCAGAACCCCAACCCUCCUCCCCCAGCCCAGCCGUAAAUUCAGAAUGAGAGCCAUCAGUAUGGUAAAAAAAGUUGAUGAACAUGGCACAUAUCAAUAGUAUUACACAAUAGUAUAGAAAAAUAAUUAGCAAUGACAUGUUUUAUCAUAUUUGAUAAGCAGUUCUCCAGAUAUAAUCAAAAUGUGACAUACAGACACACCCCAAUAUCCCCAAAAUCCAGUAGUCUGAAUACCGUACACGAAUAACGAUGCUACCAAGUUUCAUAACAAUUGGAUCUCCAGUGGUUCUCCAGAUAAAUGCAAGAAUAUAAGUGUGACGUACAGAUGUAUGUAUAUACAAACACCCCCCUAUAUCUUUAGAAUCUGAUAUUCUCAAUAACUUAGGCUAAAUAAUGUUAAUACCAAGUUUCAUGGAUAAGCGUGACACAUAGAUGUACGACCGCCUCCACUAUAUCCCCUUUCACCCUAGCAAUAAUGAAGACCUCAACAGAACCAAAUCUGGUUAAUACUUGUACUUUUAUUUGACAUUAUCUACACUUGUUAAAAAUAAUAACUUUUUCUUUAAAAUCAAGUCUUUUUCAAAAAAUGUCUUUGUAUUGUAUUGAAAUAAGUGUUGUUCUAUUUUUACUUCACAACGAUAAGUUCUUGGCAUUUAUCCACUCGGGAGUCUGUUUAUCUUGUAAUAUCCUGAAGAAGCCCCAACAUUAUUGCUUAAGAGCUUCAAGUAGUUGCUGCUCCCAGUAAACUGAAUAAUGACUGGUAAUUCUCAGAAAUGCUUAUUCGUCUUUUACUUCUGAAAACAUAAAAUAUCCUGAAACUUUGCCAUGGUGUACAAAAGUAUCAGAAUGAAUGUUCUAUGACUACCAUAGAAAAACACAACACUCAAAUCAAAAAACAUGUUUUUUAGUUGUGUAAAAGGCUCCUUGAGAUGUGAUUUGCAGGUUUUUCCCUUUUAUACUUUAACAAAAAAAAGUAAGUUCCCUGCAUAGAUGUGCAUGAGAUACGCUGACAAGAACUGUGAACUAUAAAAACAUCUUAAACCACAAAAUGUAGUUCUGACACAUCUCUGUGCUUGAGGUCAAAUAUGCUUGCAUGCUACAUUCUCUCUGAGCAAAAAAAAAAAAAAAGACAAAAAAUCCAGUGUGCUACAUAUUUUUAUAUACAACACUUUGGCCUAGAUUCUCAAAUUCAUUGAGUCCAAAUAUGACAGUUGUUUCUGAAGGAAAAUAAACGCCAACUGAGUUGUUUAGAAAGUGGAAUUCCACAUGCCUGGUGUUUUUAUUUCUAGACUUUUGGAGUGUUGCUAAAUUAAUUAAUAAGAAUACAGUAAGUAUGGAAUAAAGUCCAGUCAAGGGACCAUCUAAAUGUGGUCUUAAAAGAGGGUGGCCUUUCAAUUUCUUGAAAAUAAAUACUAUUGGAUUUUUUUUUUCUAUUUAAAUCAUUUAACCAAUGUAUUUCACUAAUUAACACUAGAAGUUAUUCCACAUACUGUAAAUCAGUGAAUUUAAUAUGCUUUACCAUGAUACUAACAACUUAUUUUCUUACCAAAUGACAUCUAGUGCUUAAAUACCAUUUAUCCAAUUUAAAUUAAACUAUUCAUUGCAAUUUUGCAUUCUAUAAUAAACUAUACAUGCUACUGA